CUGAUUCAAUUGCACGCUUAGUUUCAUUUGUAACGCUUAGCAAAAAAACAAAGCGACCGGUUUGGACACAAACUUCUGGAACUCCCUGAACGACGUACUUCACCUGCACGCCAGGGCUUGUUUACAUUAUUUCCAGGAACUGCACAGACGCGGAGCCUCACAGGCGGGCUAUGGUCUCCCGGACUUGACGUCGUCGUGCACCGUCUGCUGAGCCGGGACACAAAGUUCGGUCAAACAUUUCAGUGGCACACAUUUAGCUGCGCUCUGCGCUGUAAGGAGCCCGGAGCAUGGCGGAGACGCAGGAGGAGCAGCCCCCGGUCGUCCACGCGGACGGGGCCGCCGGGGACACCGACUUGCCGCUGCGGACCCUGAGCGAGUUCACCAUCAUCAACACGGCUGCUGGGAAUGCGCCCGUUAGCUUGGACGCUCUCACAACGCUACCGCCUGGAAGCGUGAUAGCGGUGGGGAACUGCCCUCCGGUUGACGCUCCACCAGAUGCGACGACGAUUGUCACGGUUCAAACGCAACCAAUCACGGACUGGGUAAUUUCGUACGGAAACCCAGCUAGCGUGUGGAUUUGCACGGACAAGGCGUGGUACCGCCUGGAGCAGCCGGCGCCGGCGUACGAGGCGCUGUUUGCCCCGAUCCAGCGCAAGCUGGACUUCUGCCUGCGCGCCGCUGCCUGCAUCGCCAGCAAUCCGACGGUGACGCUGCACGGCGCCGUGGCGGCCCUGCUGCAAGCCGGCCAGCAGCCGGGCGACAGCCAAACUGUGUACAACGUGGACGACUUGAAGCAGGACACGCCCUUCGUGUUGCCGCAGCUCGUGGCAUGGGUGAAGAGCAACAGCCUGGCGACUCCGCCGCUGCUGGUGGAGCUGCAGCCCAUCGCGACGGCGGUGAAGGGCCAGCAGGCUAACCAGGAGCGGGCCGCGCUGCUAGCUGCCAACCCGCCCGUCACGCACGUCACCGGUGGUGGCGGUCGCGGCCGCGGCCGUGGCAAACGCGAUGAUGACGAAGAGAAGGCACCGGGGCGCGGUCGGGGGCGUGGCAGAGGCCGUGGCGCGGCUGCGGCUGCGGCUGCUGCGGCGGCGGCCGACAAGGAGGGCGCAGCUGGCACGCACGCGCAUCGCACCCGCUCGCUGACGCCGGGUGGACCGCUCACCAUCGGUGCGGGGCCGGCGGCGGACCAAGACGGCUGUGUGGGUGACGAGGAGCCGGACCUCGACGACUACGAUGACUGGGAUGACUUUGGAGAUGAGGAUGGCGCCGAGGACGACAGCGACCUGAGCAAGGAGGGCGACGAGAUGGGCCAGGCGAUGGACGCUGGCCUCAGCGCGGACGAGCGCGGCGAGCUGAAGCGGCAGCGCCAGGAGGCCAAGUGGGAGCGCCGGCGCGCGGAGCACCUGGCAAAGCUCGCGGCGGCGGACUCGGACCGCGGCGACCCCCCGGAGGCGGUGGCGGACUGGCGUGUGGACCCCGACAUGGUGCCCGAGGUGCUGGCGGUCUGGGAGAUGGCCAUGACGUUCGCGUUCAUGCUCCAGCUGCCCGCGAUGCCGCUGCGUGCGCUGGAGGCGGCCAUCAUGCCAGCGCCGCUGCCCCAGCGGUCAGCAGAUGGCAAGCCGCUGCGGGCGAAGGCCGAGCAGGACACCAAGGUAAAGACGGAGGAGGGCGGCGAGGCUGACCAAGCCGAGGAGCCCGAGGUGCUGUACGACCCCAACAGCAUUGUGGACUACAACUACAUCGCGUCGGCAGCGCUGCUGCGCGACCUGCACGCCGGUCUGCUGCGCAUGAUCGAUAACCACGCCCCACGCAAGCAGGAGCUGCCGCAGGAGUCCAAGCUGAUGGCGGACGAGGCCAAGGUGGAAAACUGGGUGGACCGCACGGCCUUUGCAAUUCACGGUGCAUCGAUUGACGUGGUUGGAGCGGAGGCCAAGGCCAUAGCGGAGACGCUACGCACGCGCGAGUAUGUGCUGCUCCAGCCGCGCCAGAAGCUGACGAUCAUGCGGGCACUCAUUCACAUGGCGCUAGCGUCGGAGGUGCUUCGCGAGCACAUCAAUGCUCGCGUGGAGAUGUUCGCCGUGAAGAACCAGCUCCUGGCCGCCGAACGCGCAGCUCGUGGCGUGAACCCCGCGUCUGGGGACGAUGGUGGCUCGCGGCGCGCGGUAGAUGACCUGGCGCAGCCGCUCCUGCCGUCGGGACCUGUGGAAGCGGAGGACCCGAACUUCUGGAUCCGCUGGAUGGACAGCGUCAAGCUGGGCCUGCGCAAGCCGGUGGGCAAGGACUACCGCGGGCGGCGCUACUGGGCUCUCGGCGCCAACGCCGGCGCGUGGCGCAUCUUCGUGGAAAACCCCACUGACGGCAGCUGGGGCUGGUAUGAGGGCGAGAAGCUGGAGCAGCUGGUGGAGUGGCUCAAGCGCGGCAACAUCGGCCGCGAGGCGCCGCUGCUCCGCGUGCUGGAGAGCAUCCAGAUCCCCAAGAAACUCACGCACGGCCGUGUGCACGAGCCGGGCGAGGUGGCUGAGGCGGACCUGGCGCGCGCCGCCAUCCCGUGGACGCCGGAGGACAUGGAGAUCCGCCGCGCCAGCGGCUACCGCCACCUGACGGCGCCGCUGCUGAAGGGCGACCUCAACAAGAUGCCGCACCAGCCCGGCAUCCCACGCCUGCCGCUCAUCAUCGAGGACCGCGUGUGCAACGCCAUGGAGGCGAUUAUGGGCGAGGUGGACUGGUGGAUGCAGUCGAGCGCCUGGCCCAAGACCCUGGGCGAGCUGCUGGACCUGCUGCGGUACACGUACAAGUCCGCUCGCGAGGCGCUGGAGGACGACCCCGAGUGCAGCAACCCGGAGACGCAGGCGCUGGCGCGCUUCAGCGGCGCUGAGGUGCUGCUGGCUCUGGAGGACAUGCUGUUCCAGGUCGGGGCCUUGAGCGACACGUGGACCGUGCAGCUGCGCGACGCGUGGCAGGCGAGCCUGCGCAACCCCAACCUCACGGCUCGCGAGGUGUCGCUGCACGUCCUGGCGCUGCAGCAGUUCCUCACAACCACCGAGUCGCCGUUCGUCCUGACGCGUGCCGGGUUCCAGAAGCGCAUCAACGAGGCCAGGUGCCCGCUGUACUUCCCUGGCCCCAACGAGGAGGUCGUGGUGAUGCGUAGCGGCAUCUUCAGCCACAUCGACAAGUUUGCCCAAGUGGCGCGGUCACACAAAGACGAGAAGUGGCUGAAUGAGCUGGAGGAGAUGCGGGCGCGGGUCAACGACAUGCACUGCGCACAGCGGUAUCGUGUGGCGUGCCUCUCCUACCGCACGUAUCCGCUGCUAGAGCAGUCCUCGGAGGCGGCGGUGGCUGCCGCUGCUGCGCACGCGGCGGCACAGGCAGAGGCGCAGGCGGAGGGCGGGGAGGCGCCGGAGACCUCGGGUCAACCGUACGCACCGCCCUCGCGGCCGCCGUGCAUGUGGAUGCUGCUCACGCCGCUGCGCGCGCCACUGCCGCGGUUUGAGCAGGCGCAGGGCCAGGUGGUGUUGCCGCUGUACAUCGAGAACACGCUGCCUAAUUUUGUCAUUCGGGGCGACAUCGUCGACAAGGCCCGGGAGAAGGGCUGGCAGCCGGGCGAGCGCUGCCGCAUGUACGUGGGCGGCAAGCAGGGCGCCAAGAUCAGCGGCAGCUGGUACAAGGGCAAGGUCAUCCACGUUGGACAGCCCGCUGCGCCCGACCACCAGGACUUCGACCCCUGGGAGAGCGUCGUCGUUGAGUGGGACCGCCAGGGGCUGGAGAACACUCAGGCCCGGGUUUGCCCGUGGGACCUGGAGGUGGACCCCGAGGCGGAGCGGCGCCUGGCGGAGGAGCGCAAGCGCAAGGCGGAGGAGGAGGCGGCAGCCGCGGCGGCGGCAGCAAUGGCGGCUCGUGCGGAGCGCCUGCAGGCCCGCGACCGCGCCACCAAGGUGGUGGCGCAGCAGGAGAUGGGCGAGGAGGACGACGACGAGUACGUGCCCACGGACGGCAGCAGCUCGGACAGCGACGUCAGCGAGGACAGCGAUGACAGCGGUGCUCCUCGCCGCCGGGGCCGUCCGCCGCCGCGAAAGAAGCAGAGCCGCGGCAACGCCCGCGGUGGCAGCGGCCGCGGCAGCGACGACCCCCGCCAGCAGCAGCAACAGCACGGCGGCGCGGGAGGCAACAUGUCGUCACAGCAGGCGAUGCUGGAGCAGCAGCGCCGGGCACAGCUCCUGCAGCAGCAACAGCAGCAGCAGCGGCAGGCGCAGGGCAACAACAAUCUGCUGGCGCAAGCUAUCCAGCAGCAGCCUCUGCUGGGUCAGAUCUACCAGCAGAUCGCGCACUACCCCCUUGCGCAGCAGGUACAGGUGCUGCAGAACGCCGCGCAGCAGCAGUCUCAGCAGGGUGUCCUCGCGCGCCAGCUGCUGCAGGUCCUCUUGCAGCAGCAGCAACAGCAGCAGCAGCAGGCGGCACAGCAGCAGCAGGCGCUGCAGCAGCAGCGCCAGCAGGAGCUGCUACUCCAACAGCAGCGCGAGCAGCAGCAGCGACAGUUGCUGUUGCAGCAACAGCAGCAGCAACAACAACAGCAGCAGCAGGCGGUGAUGGCGGACCCCGAUGACAACGGCCGGCCCGUCGCGCCUGACCUGCUGUCGCAACCGCUGCAGAGCCGGAACCCGGGCGGCCGUCGCCAGGCGGUGCCGCACCACCUGCUGCAGGCCAUGCCGCAGCGGGAACCCUUCCACUACAUGCUGGUCAACUGGUACCGCCAGCGCGGCGUGCUGCGCUACCGCCUGCCGCAGCUGGGCGGCCGGGACGUGGACCUGCACAAGCUGUUCCUGGAGGUGCACCUACGUGGCGGCUACGACGUGUGCGUGCUGAAGCAGCUAUGGCCGGAGCUGUGCGCCAGCCAGGGCGUGCACCCGCAGACGCCAGCCAGCAACGCACAGCCCAACACGCCCGCGGCUGCGGCGCUGCGCGCGCACUACGAGCGCUGCCUGCUGGACUUCGAGGACUACGUCACCAGCGGCCAGUUCGAGACGGACGUGCAGACCAACCGCCUGCCGCCGCUGGACCGGCUGCUGGAGAUCCCCGGCGCCGUGCCGGCUGUCAAGCGCGAGGCGGCUGGCUACGGCAUGCAGCAGGGCGGGAACGAUGCCCGCAUGCAGCAGCUCAUGAUGCAGCAACAGCAGCAGCAACAGCAGCAGGGCAAUGGCGGAUAUGGGGGGCAGGGCUACGGCGGGCAGGGCUAUGGCGGCGGUGGCGGUGGCGGCGGCGGAUGGCAGCAAGGCAUGCGGUAACGGCGGCGUCUCCGCGACAUGAAGCAUGCUUACUGAAUCGGCAUUUGACAUGACGGCGGAAUUGCUAGGGGCGGGCGGUUGUUUCAUGUGAGACUGGUCACACCGUUGAGUCCUUGGCCAGUGCUGCAUGCUAUGGAUUGCACCUGGUCAUGAGAGGGAACUACGAUCAAUUUAGACGUGCCUGCUUAUUCUUGCGCGGAUUAAUCCGAGAAGGCACCUGACGCCGCUUGGGCACGCUUGCACUACUGUGUGGAAAUGCGACGUCGUUAUGGACGUGUUGAGCAUUCACAAGCGCCCAUUUACGCGCUGAUAGUAUUGCCAAACAUCAUAUCUAGUCUUGUUGUCAGAGUGGGCCCUGUAAACACGGGGCAACGGUAAGCACGCUGGAGCUCCUGGGAGUGUGCAGGGUCGGGGCGACGGAAGUGUGCCUGGGGUUGGGCAAGGUGGGCAACCGAGCUAAAACGGCCUGUCGCCAAAUGAAAGGAUUCAGCUGGUCCUGAGAUUUAGGAUAAUAGC